AUGAUAUCAUCUUCAUCAGAAAUCGAAUGGGAUUGUCCUGAAUGUCAGACUGCUAUAACUGAUCGACGAAAAUAUUGCAUUAGUUGUCAAUCAAUGCUGAUUUGGACAUGUGUUCCUUCUGGAAAAUCAGGGUUAUUGGAACAUACAGAAGAACAUGUUCAAAUCAUCGCCGACAAAGGAUAUAUCGGUGAACAAUAUGUCAUAACCCCAAGAAAGAAACCUCGUGGUGGCGAAUUAACACCUGAAGAUAAAGAUUUCUAUCGAUCAAUUUCCAAUGCAAGAGCAGCGAUCGAAAAUAUCAAUCAACGUAUUAAAAGUUAUGCCAUUUUAGGAACUAUUCUAGGUCCAUUUGGUGUUACUGGUCUUCUUAUUGCUAUGGGUGGUGCUGCUCUUAGUACGAUCGGUGGCGCUACUGUCGGUGCUGGUGCGGGCGCGGCUUUCGGCUCUAUUGGAGCCGAAUUUUGUGGAGUUGGCGUAUGCAAAUGUAGCAAACGUCAAAGGAUGCUAUAG